GUGCGCUGCUCUCACACUGACUGACGCCAUUUCCGUCGUCAUCAUGUCAGGUUCCUGUAAUUGGGGCGGUAGCAACGUCAGUUGUAAACAGUAACCCGGCUGAGUUCUAGCCCUAGUGCCGGGUCCAUAUGGACAGAGCAGACGGCGGGAUUGGGCAGCGCUGAUAUUACAUGGGAGGAUCAGUGACAGCCGGAAAGCUGCUUAGCGUCCUCCGCCUGCAGAGCUCCCGGCAUGUCUGCGUUCUCAGAGGCGGCGCUGGAAAAGAAGCUGUCGGAGCUGAGUAACUCCCAGCAGAGCGUGCAGACCCUGUCCCUCUGGCUCAUUCACCACAGGAAGCAUUCUCGGGUCAUUGUCUCCGUGUGGGACAGGGAGCUGCGGAAAGCGAAACCAACUAGAAAACUGACUUUUCUAUAUUUGGCAAACGAUGUUAUUCAAAAUAGCAAGAGAAAAGGACCUGAAUUUACAAAAGACUUUGCACCUGUUAUUGUGGAUGCAUUUAAACAUGUUUCAAGUGAAACAGAUGAGAGCUGUAAGAAGCACUUGGGGAGGGUACUAUCUAUUUGGGAAGAAAGGGCUGUGUAUGAAAAUGAAAUCCUGGAGCCUUUGAAAAUUGCAUUGUAUGGUGAGAAAAAAACUAAAAAGCGGACAUAUGAAGAAAUAAAGGAAGACAAUGAUGAAGAUGAGGAUGAUGAUUCAUUGAAAAACUCUCCAGAAGAACCUCCACAGACAACAGAUCUCAUACAUGCACUGCAGGAGCUGGAGAAUGCAGCUUCCGGAGAUGCUGCUGUACGUCAGAGGAUAGGCUCGUUACCAGUGGAAGUACAAGAUGUGUCUCUUCUGGACAAGAUUACUGAUAAAGCUUCUGGUGAUCAACUUUCAAAGAUGGUGGAUGAUGCUUGCAUGCUGCUAGCAGAUUACAAUGGAAGACUAGCAGCUGAGAUAGAUGACCGCAAACAGCUUACCCGAAUGCUUUCAGACUUCCUGCAAUGUCAAAAGGAGGUCCUUGAUGAAAAGGAACAGCAGCUGGAAGAGUACAAGCGCAAAUUGACAAGAGUAUCCCAGGUCCGAAAAGAGCUGCGACUACGUAUCCAGAAUCUGCCAGAUUUGUCACGUCUUCCAAAUGUUACAGGGAGCAGAGUCCAUUUGCCAUAUGCUGGGGAUCUCUACAAUGAUGACUGACAGGAAACAUAUAGAUGGCUAAAUAUUUCUGGCUUUGAAUAGGUGAAUCUUAUUAGUAUUAUUUUUAUAUAUUGCUUAAAGUGUGCUUAAAAUCUGAAAAUAAAUAAACCCUUAACAUUGUGUACAGUAAUGUUAUAGAUAUUACUGUCAAACGCCACAUGACCUGAAUGACGGAAUAACAAAAAAUUGGUACUAAGCGUGAAUAGUAAAUAGUAUGUAUGUAAUGUUUUAGUUGACAUUGUACAGUGUAUAUCAAUGUAUGUUUUUGCAGUUUAAUGUAAAUUAUUUAACUGAAUUUCUGCAUAGACAUAGGUAUGACUCGUUGGCUUGUUCUGGAUACAGUUGUACUCCACAAGACAUAUUUCUAAAACAUUAUUUAUUUUAUAACAUUUAUAAAUAAACUCACACAUUGCUUUCUCAACUUGCAUUAAGACACACACACACUAAAUAAAUAAAUAAAUAAAUAAAUGAAAUCAAAUAAUUUCCAGUUCAUGCUUAAAGCUGCACCAUACAGGAAGCAAUAUGUGUUCCAGGUGCAUUCACUACUUUAGUGUGUGCUAAAUACACAUUUACCAUAGAUGAUAACAGGCAUUACAGAUGCACUCUUUGCUCUGUAAAAAAAAAAAAAAGUUUUAAUCACGAGCAAUAAAAGCACUUCAGUCAAAAAUUGUGUUUCUGCUGUAAUAGCAUCUCAUUAUUGUUUUCCCCUGAAACUGUUUAGAAAAAUAGGAGCCAUAAGCUAUAGAAGGGAGUAUGGAAACGAACAAUGCAGAAACAAAGAAUGCACAACACAUUCAGCAUUCUUUUAUGCAAAUUAUGUCUUGGGUCACAAAUUUUUUUUAAUAACUAGAUCUUUUUAUGAAAUUGAGUAAGCCUGUAAUAUUUUUUUUUCUAAAGUCGAAUCUUUUCCUAGGUAUCUAUUACAAUAGUGUCUUUUCCAUAGAAAUGUGAUGCCGCUGUUUUUGUAUAAAAGUAAAUGCUAGGCAAAACAUACGUACAUGGGAAUACAAUCUAAUGCUGCCGAUAUAGUGAUAGAUAAUGUACUGUAGUACUAGAGGUAGAUUUACUCUACAAUAUUUUCAAGACUAUUUAAGCCUACCCAGUCUCAUAGUGCAAACUGAUUUUUCUUUGUUAUCAUGUAUCUGUACAGUUACUGUUUGGUUACAUGAGUCUUGGCUUCAUCUAUAUUUCAAGGAUAUUCUGAGCAGUCAUAAGCCAUAUUUUUAACAACUUGUGUCACUUUUUUGUUUGGUCUUAACAGGUAAUUUGUUUUGUCUCUAACCCUGCAAUUUUUUUUUUGUUUUAAACAUUGGAAAAACAUCAGCUAUGUGAGUUAUUAUAUUGCUUGUAUAAGAAACACUAAUUUAAAAACAUAAGUGUAUAUAAUAAACUGUCCUGACUCAUUUACUGUUAUUCUGUUGUUCUGCUGUUUAUAAACAAUAUAUGCAUAUAUAUGUAUAACAAAAAUAUUUAAAAAUACUAUUUUCUUAUAUAUACAGUGCAGUACAAUUAGGUAUUUAAAGUCUGUAAAACAUGAAUUUGGCACCUACCAUGUGAUACACCUUCACUAGUUUAUACUUCACUCCAAUUUCCAGAAUAUGCUGUUGUGAGAUUAAUUGUAUAGAAUUUGCAUCUACAGUAUAUUAGUAACAUGUAACUGUGAAACUGAUUGCAUAACCAAUGUCAUCACUCAACAAGUCCAAAUAAAUGCAUCAUAUGAUUUCA